AUGUACGAAGGGAUUGACAACCUGAAAUCCCUUUACGACCGUGCCGGGAAGACUUUCUCCGGCGGUCCUUCUGCGGCACAGGAUGUGCCGCGUCGUACUGCUCAACCAGACCCAGUACGUCGAUCAUCAGUUGGGAGCGGGGCUCCCAAGAAUCCCAGGACGGGGGAUAGCCGCGCCACCGGACGAGAUAACUCGUCCGACGUCCGUUCACGUCGCGGUGGUUCAACAGCUGCUCAACCAGAUAGCGCUGGCCACCGCGAGAGUCCUCUAAUGGAGGUGGAGGAGGAGGAAAGACGCUCUCCACACGAUCAUGUGGAUCGGUGUGUUCCUGAGAGCUUCUUUGAUCGCGUAACGCAAGGGUUACGCGACGAUCUCGAACAUGAGCGGAAUAGGCGUCUCCAACUGGCGGACGCUGUCUCGAAGCAUCGAGCUGAGUUUGCCUUUGCUCAGCUUUAG